AAAAUCCAACGGUCUCUCUCGCUCCCUGCCCCUCUGCCCCCCUGCCCCUCUCCCCCUUCAUUUCUCCUCCUCUCACCACCACCAUACACCAGACCCACAAAUCCGUUGUUGGUUUCGUCCUCCUCCUGCGCUGCGCUCGGGUCGUUCGACUUUGAUCUACAACUGGGCGACGAGGCCGCCAAAACGAGCGAGAAAAGAGAAGGGAUUGGCGAUUCGAUGGGUUAUUGGAGUUCCGUUGUUGGGAACCAAUCGGAUGGGUCCCCCGUUAGCGGCGGUGGGCUCAGUCAACAUGAGAAAUUCAGUUAUGGCUAUGCAAGUUCUCCAGGGAAAAGGUCUUCCAUGGAGGACUUUUAUGAGACAAGAAUUGAUGGCGUCGAUGGAGAGAUUGUCGGCUUGUUUGGAGUCUUUGAUGGUCAUGGUGGUGCUAGAGCUGCAGAAUACGUCAAGCAGCACCUUUUCAGCAAUUUAAUUAAGCAGCCAAAAUUCAUUAGUGAUACCAAGUCAGCUAUAGCUUCUGCAUACAGCGAGACUGAUUUAGAAUUUCUGAAAUCUGAAAAUAAUGAAAACCGAGAUGCUGGAUCAACUGCUUCAACUGCUGUCCUUGUUGGCGACCGUUUGCUAGUUGCUAAUGUUGGGGACUCUAGGGCUGUUAUAUGCAGGGGAGGGAAUGCUAUAGCUGUCUCGAGAGAUCACAAGCCUGACCAAACUGAUGAGCGACAAAGGAUUGAGGAUGCUGGAGGUUUUGUGAUGUGGGCUGGAACAUGGCGUGUCGGCGGUGUUCUCGCUGUAUCUCGCGCUUUCGGUGAUAGGCUCCUGAAGCAGUAUGUUGUUGCUGAUCCAGAGAUUAAGGAAGAAGUGAUCGAUGGGUCUCUCGAGUUUCUCAUUCUUGCAAGUGACGGGCUAUGGGAUGUUGUCUCGAACGAGGAGGCUGUUGCCAUUGUCAGACCGAUAGAAGACCCAGAACAGGCAGCAAAGAAGCUCUUGCAAGAGGCUUAUCAAAGAGGAAGCGCAGAUAACAUCACUUGUGUUGUCGUGCGUUUCUUAUCCGGACAGGAUAGCGAUGCCAAGUAGAAAGAUGGAGAAAAGGUUACUUUCUUGUUACAAUGGAAGCUUCUCUGCAUGUCCCUGCAAUCAAUGUAAAGAUAGUAUCUGAAAAAGUCAAAUAAAAAGAACUGCUUAUGGAGAAAGCACUUUUCGACUGAUGGAAUAUGUUGUUUACAUUUCCAGCCUCUAAUAGGAACUAGUAGAAGAUAGUAAAUGUAUGAUGUACCGGUCUGUAUUCUGUAAGGACUAAUGGAUCUAAUGUCUAAUGCUAGAAGAAAUCAAUUUAUUUUCCUGCUA